AUGAAUGCCUAUCAACUUUUUAAAGAUAUCCCAGAUGAAACUGCAGCUGUAAAAUUUUUUCAAAAACGCGGUUUGAUUCCUGAAGCAAAGGAAUGCGAAAAUGGGCACGAAAUGAAGCUUUCGCUUGGCAAAAUUAUUAGAUGGAGAUGCAGUCUUAGAAGUUGCAGGAAGGAGAUUGGAGUGCGGGUCGGAACGUGGUUUUAG